CUCUUCAGUCAGCCCACGUUAGAAACAGCUGCAAAAACACAGCUGCCUCAAAGAGCGCACAUCAGUAGAAGAAGAAGAAGAAGAAGACGCAGAGCUCAGCAUCACUCACGCUUUAAAGGAUUUUCUUACAGAACAUAAGGAUUUAUCUGCAAGCAUUGUCUUUGGAUCCUCUUGAUAAAUUACUGGAGCAAGAAACAAAGUGGUUGGAGGAUGGGCACCUGCUACACCAGAUGUCAGUGCAACCAGAUAAUCCUCGAAAAUCAGCUUGGAUCUGCGACGCCAAGACAACAGGAAAGUGUGAUGGUCUCUUUGUACGACUACCCAGCGUUUGAGUGCACAGAACUGACCAUGCGCAUGGGGGAAAGGCUGACCAUAGUGUCAGACGACGGCGAUUUCGUGAUGGUGAGAUCCACGACCACCGGGCGCGAGAGCUACGUUCCCACCAACUACACGGCGAAGGUGACAGACAAGUGGCUGUACACGGGGAUCAGCAGGUAUAAAGCAGAGGAACUCCUUAAACAUCCCAGCAACCAGACUGGAGCCUUUUUGAUCCGUGAAUCAGAGACAAACAGAGACAGCUUUUCUCUCUCCGUCCUGCGGAGGACCGCCUCCUCAGACCUGAACCCCGUGAAGCACUACCGCAUCUCCCAGCUGGAAAACUCCUGGGUCUACAUUUCUCCAGGUCUCACAUUCCCCUCCCUCCAUUACCUGGUGCAACACUACUCAGAACUUCCAGACGGGCUGUGCUGUCGACUGACGGUCCCUUGCUUCAUCCAAGGGUUGGAUGAGCCCAGACCGGUUCCCACCACCGUCAGAAGGCCGACCAUCAACUGGAGGGAAAUUAGCAGGUCCGUGGUCCUCGGGAGGAAGAGAACCGAGUCGGACAACUCUCUGGUGAGCGACGGGCUGAGGGAGGCCAUCAGCUCCUACCUCCAGUUAACAGAGUGCAAAGAUCACAGCUGGGACACGUGAAGGAAAGCCUGUGUGGUCCGUGUGGGGGAAAAAAAAAAAAAAAAAAAUGAAGUCCAACAAAAAGAGUGGAGGGAAUUACUGCUCUGGGGCUGCUGCAAGCUUGAGCAAACCCCUGAAGAAGGUCUCCUGCACGCCCAAACGUCGUCUCUGAGGAUUAAUCCAGGAACAGAAGCGGGACAGAGGCACUACACCGCUCAGAGACGAGUCAAACUGUCGGCCAUUUUUAGGCCUUGGUGGACGAAGCACAGAGGCAGAGGAUGUCAGCUGCGGAGAGGCGAUGAAUGUUUCACCUAAUUUAUGAAGAUUUUAACUUAAUAUUGUCUGUCAACAUUACAGCAAUGUGAUUGUAUCUGAAUGUCGUCGCUGUUGUCUUUUUAUUUGAAACUAAUAUAAUCUAUACGCUAACAAUAAAUAAUUUACACCAAUAAAAAACACACAUUUACAAGAA